AUGGAAGCUUGUGGUCUAUCUGAUUUGGGUUUUGUUGAACCUAAAUAUACAUGGUGCAAUAAUAGAAGACCUAGUAAAAGGAUUGAUAGAGUUUUUGUUAAUGAUCUAUGGGCUCAAAGUUAUCAUACCAAUACCAUCAAGCAUUUAGCUAGGACGGGAUCCGAUCAUAGGCCUCUUCUCAUGCAAACCCUUUCCAAUCAAAACGACUUCAUCAGAUACUUUAGAUUCUUAAACUUAUGGACUCAACGGUCAGAUUUUUUGAAGACUGUUCAAAACUCUUGGAACAUGAAUGUGGCAGGCAAUGCACUGUGGAGACUCCAGUGUAAGUUAAAGGUUCUAAGCAAAAAUCUUAGUAUAUGGCCUAGAGAGACCAUUGGGGAUAUUCAUGAGCAGGUUAACAAAUGGGAGACCAGAGUCCAACUUCUUGAAGAACUGGACACUCUAAACAACAAUGAACAAAGCAGGGAAGAUUUGAACAGGGAGCAUGCAGAAUAUGUUAAAUGGCUUGGAAUGCAGGAUGCUUUACUAAAGCAAAAAACUAGAAUCAAUUGGUUCAAAGAUGGGGACUACAACAGUAAUUAUUUUCACAGUGUGCUAAGAGGCAGAAGAAAGAGACUUCUUAUUCACAGAAUCAAAGACCACAGAGACAACUGGAUUGAAGGGGACAAUUUGAUUGCAAGGGCUGCUAUUAGACAUUACAAGAAUCUCUUCAAUAUGGGGCAACCUAACCUGGACAGUGGCACUUUGGAUUGCAUACCAAAGCUGAUUACUGAAGAGGAUAAUGAUAUGCUUCACAGAGCCCCUGUGGAGGAUGAAAUUAAAAAUGCCGUGUUCAGUAUGAGUGCAGAUAGCAGUGCAGGACCUGAUGGCUUUAACGGUAAGUUUUUUCAUACAUGUUGGGAUAUUAUCAAAUAUGAUGUUUGUGACUUUGUUGCUGAAUUUUUCUCUGGAAAAAAACUCACUAAAUACUUCACUCACACGUGUUUGGCUCUUAUCCCUAAAGUUGAGUCCCCUUCUAAUUUUUCUGAAUUAAGGCCUAUUAGCUUAAGUAAUUUUUCUAACAAAAUUGUUUCUAAAAUUCUAGCUAGAAGGCUCAAUCCUAUUUUGCAUAGACUCAUAUCUGUUAAUCAAAGUGGUUUCAUUCCGGGCAGAUUGAUUACUGAAAAUGUCAUGCUUGCUCAAGAAAUAAUUCAUGGCAUGUCUAAGCAUAAUACUGGUGGUAAUAUUGUCAUCAAAUUAGAUAUGGCUAAGGCUUAUGAUAGAAUGGCCUGGAAUUUCCUAAUGGAUGUUCUUAGAAGAUUUGGGUUCUCAGAUAAAUGGAUAAAUUUAGUGUGGAAUUUAAUUUCUAAUGUGUGGUAUUCUAUUUUGAUUAAUGGAUCUAGAAAUGGUUUUUUCUCCUCUGCUCAAGGUUUAAAACAGGGUGAUCCUCUGUCCCCCUCUUUAUUUAUUUUGGGUGCUGAGGUCCUCUCUAGAACUUUGAAUAGUUUACUUACUCAUGAUAAUUUUAUCCCUUUCUCGAUGCAUCAAAGAGGUCCUCAGAUUAACCAUUUAGCAUAUGCUGAUGAUAUUGUUAUUUUCAGUAGUGGUAAGAGUAAAUCUGUUAAGCUCAUCAUGAAACAGAUCAACAACUAUGAGAAAGCUUCAGGGCAAGAAGUCAAUAAGAAUAAAAGCUUCUUUUUGACUAACCCUAAGGCUAGUGCUUACAGAAUCAACAGGAUGAGACAAUGUACUGGUUUUUUGGAAAAGAACUUCCCUUUUACUUACUUGGGUUGCCCGAUCUAUAUUGGUAGGAAAAAGAUUUCUUACUUUGAUGGUAUGGUUACAAAAGUGGUAAAAAGACUCAAUGGUUGGCAGGGUAAGAUGCUUACCUAUGGAGGUAAAACCGUGUUGAUCAAAAGUGUUCUUCAAUCACUCCCUAUUUAUACUCUCUCAGCGAUUAAUCCUCCCAUUGGUACUAUUAAUCUGUUAGAAAAGCAUUUUGCACGAUUCUUUUGGGGUUUUAAUGAGAACAGAGACAAGCACCAUUGGAGAUCUUGGAAAAAUCUGUGUGUUCCUAAAGAUGAAGGUGGUAUAGGUAUUAGAAACAUGGAUGACAUCUCUAAAACCUUGGCAGUUAAAAGAUGGUGGAGAUUUAGAACCAAUAAAUCUCUCUGGGCUUAUUUUAUGAAAGCUAAGUAUUGUCACAGAGUUCACCCUUCUGUUAAAGCUUGGACCUCUGGUAAUUCACAAGCUUGGAAGUUCAUGGUCAAUGCUAGACAAGUUGCUGAACCUAACAUUCUCUGGAAAAUUAACAGUGGUAGUUGUAAUAUGUGGUGGGACAAUUGGUGUGAGAAAGGGCCUCUGGCUAUUCUGUACCCUGACCAUGUGCAUAACAACAACGCUAAGGUUAUGGACUAUAUUGAUGGUGGUAACUGGAACAUGAAUAAAUUAAAGGAAGAUCUCCCCGAACAUAUAGUCCUAUUUAUUGCCGACAUUCCUAUUGGGGAUGCUAAUGAUAAUGACUAUGCUGUUUGGAACAUUACUCAGGAUGGCAAAUACACAAAUUCUUCUGCUUGGCAAAGCAUAAGAGAAGUGAGACAAAAAGAUGGCAUCCUAAGUAAGGUUUGGCACAAUUGCUUACCUUUCAAAAUAUCGUUUCUUACCUGGAGAAUGAUGCUCAAAAAACUACCGUUUGAUGAGGUACUUCAAAGGUUUGGUAAUCCAAUGGAUACCAAAUGCCUAUGUUGCACAAUACCUCAAAAUGAAUCAAUUCAACAUGUGUUUAGUGAUAGUGAGAUGGCUAAGCAUAUAUGGAAUUACUUUGGAAACCCCCUUGGAAUUAAUCACCAAGGAGGCAACAUUAAAAUUCUCUUCAAUGCUUGGUGGAAUAUGAACACUGCCAACAGUGUGCAUAAAAUGGUACAACAAAUCACUCCCAUGUGUAUUGCAUGGGAAAUCUGGAAAAAUUGGACAUCUUGUAGAUAUGGAGAUCAGACUAAAUAUUUGAUAUCUAGAAUGGAAGUGCAAAUUUUAUGGAACAUCAAAGCAGCUAUUUGUGUUGCCUUCCCAACUUGUGACUUAACAGGAAAAUGGGUUCAAAUUUGCACAAGAAUUGAAAGGUACAAACCUAUUGUAAGAUGGAGGCAAGUUGUUUGGACCAAGCCUGCAACCGGAAGGAUCAAAUUCAACACAGAUGGAAGCUAUAUGCAAGAAAGUAUUCCCAGGGCAGGCAUUGGAGGGGUUCUCAGGAAUGACACUGGUCAUCUCAUUAUGGCUUUCUCAGUCCCAACUCAAUGUAAAAGCAACAAUCAGGCAGAAGCAAUGGCAGCACUCUAUGCAAUAGAAUGGUGUAAUCGAGCUGGAUACGACAAAUACGAUCUGGAGCUGGAUUCAAUGGUGAUCACAAAUAUGCUCGAAGAAAAAGACACCAACAAUCUGAAGCUGAAAAACAUUAUCAAACGAACUGUCAAAGCCAUGGAAGGGGCAGAAGUGAGCAUCUCACAUUGCUAUAGAGAAGCCAACCAGGUGGCUGACUUCCUUGCCAAAUUAGCUUCAUCAAGUGGAAAUGUCGAUGCUUUUCUUCUUCCUUUGAUCAUCAUCUUUGCUCUCCAACUGAAGCUUAUGCUUCAGUUUAAGCAGCACUUUGAGAUUAUAUCCGACGCUAGUUACAGCUGUGAUAGAGUUUCUUUCCCCAAAACAAAGUCUUGGAAUGAGAGUAGCGAUUGCUGCUCUUGGGAUGGAGUCACUUGUCACAUGUUAAACGGUCAUGUUAUCGGUCUGGACCUUAGUUGCAGUCAGCUUUGGGGAAGUAUUCAUCCCAACAGCAGCCUCUUCCAACUUCAUCAUCUCCACACACUAAACCUUGAUAACAAUUACUUCAAUUAUUCUUCAAUCCCAUAUAACAAAUAUGCUCGAAGAAAAAGGCACCAACAAUCUGAAGCUGAAAAACAUUAUCAAACGAAUUGUCAACGCUAUGGAAGGGGCAGAAGUGAGCAUCUCACAUUGCUAUAG